CUUCUUUGGGUCUGAGCGGGAGCCGACCGAAGACUAGAAUGGAGCACAAGGUAUUUUGCACGCUGGUCAUCACUAUGAUUCUGGGGCUCAGCCUGCUGACCCAGGGAGAAGAUACAUGUAACGUGGAACCAAAGAAAAGAGUUAAUUGUGGUUGGCCUGGUGUCACAGAACAGGAAUGUCUAGACAAAAAGUGCUGCUUUGACACCACUGUUCCAAAUACUCCCUGGUGCUUCUCCCCUGAGGCUAUAGAAACAGAAUGCAUCUUUUAAGAGCUCUUACCUCAAGACUUUGCUUGUGUCAUCCAUUGGAAACCUUACUUUAUGGCAGUGGAAGGUGUUUAUAGCUUUUCCUGAAUAUUCCACAACUUUGGCAUGGAUAUGUAUCACUUCUGACUUUACUUUUUCUGUGACAAAAUUCAUCAUUUCUUUUAUGUUUCUCUGAUAGCUAAUAUAAUUUGGGCUUAAAAUAAAAG